AUGGAGGAACGGGUCCGUCGUCCGCCCUCUGUUCUCACGAGUGAGGUUUACAACGAGGCAGAGACGAUAUUUACAAUGCUUGAAAACAAGGAGAAGUUGGUUUCUUUUCUUGACUGCAUGACUCUGUUGCGUGGUAUGGGAAUGAAUCCUACUCAGAGCGACAUGGACUAUCUCCGCGAACGAAUGGCAGACCCUGUUUUGCGCCUUGAACAAUGGCGUCGUGAAGAGGAGCUUAGGCGGGAGAAGGAGCGUCGCCGCGAGGAACUUCGGGAAAAAAGAAAGUCUUCUUCGGCAUACUCACAAAAGAAGCCGCGAAAGUCUGCCGUGGAGCGAGCUAUGCAGGUAGGCGCUACGGAAGGUCAAGUGCCCCAACAGAAUGUCAAAAUUGUUCCCGUGGAAGAGAUCAAAAACAUUGAUUGGAACAUUUUUAUAUCAUGUGCAGAGGAGAUUUACCGUGAUGCAGCAACCGAGCAGAAGGAAGUUUUGGGGGCGCUGAAAGUCUUUGAUAAGGAGGGAGCAGGAGAAAUGACAGUCGAUGAUUUAGUUCGGAUUGCGACAACCAAUGGCGAAACGGUGCUGAAUCCCGGGGAGGUGCAACAACUGCGUGCAAUAAUUCCGCCGAAGUGCAGUCUUGUGGAAUUGGCUGCGCGUCUUCAGGGUACAUAUAUACCACCCACCAAGGAAGAGUUGGAACGGAAAGCAUUGGAAGAGAUUGAACGACGACGACAGCAGGAGGUAUCGGAGAAGAGGUUUUCGGAUGAUGCGAUGCUGUUGCCUUGA